ACGUCAAUCUAGGCUGGCGGAUGGUAGGUUGCAGAGUAAGUGAAGUGGGACUGUGGUUCAUGGGGCAACAAACAGCAGCGUACGCCGGCGGUGGACAUCAAUGGUGGAGUAUUCAGGGACGGGUCUGAGAGAGACCAUUACUGGAGUUUACAUGGAGAGCUGAAACAGAAUAUGAGAUUAACAUCCUUAAUGAUGUACAUAUCUCCGGUUCUGCUGGUUAUUUUGUAUAUAUAUAUUGGAUUUUCCGAAGCUGCACCUCGCAUCAGCUCCUAUGAUGCGUCGCCUAUAUCCAGGAAGCCCGAUUCAGCCUCCGACACCUGGGAGACCUUCCACACCGACAUGCCUCGUACUUUACCCGAGAGCACGUCAGCUCUCGGUCCUCUAACCGAACUCACACCGUCGCCUGCUAUUGUUUCUGCCGGCUCGUCCACUAUUACGAGCCCUGUUUCUAAAAUUGCAACCACCUUCCAGCCCCCAACAACGGACCCGACGACGACCACCGCUAGCACUGAUACCGUCCCCGAUACUGGGAUUAUUUCAGCCACAAAAGAACAAAUAUCAGCGCUGCUUUCCAGAGUAAUCGGCGCACGCAAAAGAUCUACCGAUGCCCAAACAUCACUUUUUGCUCCAGAGAAAAUGCUACAGACCGUGGUGUCCAUGGUUUCCCAGCGCACCGCAAACGAUGCUUGGGCUGCAGAUAACAUUGGCACAUCUGUUACCUCAAUAGAGAGUCGUCAAGGGGGACUCUGUAACUGCAGCAGUGGUAGUGAGGGGAUUUUGGAUCCGGACGAGUGUGAUCACAUCACCGGUCAGUGUUUGUGUCUGUCGGGCUACACUGGUCUGCAGUGUGAGGACUGUGAGGAGGGAUUCUUCACCAACGGCACCAGCGGCUGCCUGACCUGCGCCUGUGACUCCUUUGGCGCAGUGAACCACCUCUGUGACAGCUCAGGGAUAUGUGUCUGCAAGACAGGAGUGUAUGGACCCAAGUGUGAUGAAUGCCACCCAGGUUUCUUCCACUUCAGCAGCACUGGCUGCCGGCCCUGCCAGUGUCACAACCACACCAACAACUGCCAUCCACAGUCCGGAGUGUGUUUGAACUGUGAGGGCAACACCCAAGGAUCCAACUGUGAGGAGUGUAAAGCAGGUUUCUAUCGCAGCCCUGGAGCUGCCGUGACCGAAGCCUGUGCCCUGUGUCCCUGCUCCAACUUCAGCUCCACCGGCACCUGUCACACAGAUCCCAGUGGCUCCCCAGUGUGUGAACGAUGCCUUCCCCGGUACAGUGGCUCACUCUGUGAUGAGUGCAGCUCUGGCUUUUUCAAAGCAUCUGGAGUUUGUGUUCCAUGUGACUGCAGUGGGAAUGCAGACCCUCAAGAGCCCACCCAGCUCUGUCACCCCAACACCGGCCACUGCCUACGCUGCAUCAACAACACUGCCGGGCCUCAGUGCCAGCUCUGUGCACCAGGCUUCAUCGGGGACGCCAAAGCACAUAAUUGCACCCGUCCAACUCGUCAGCUUGUUCCUACACCAGCAGACACAACCACAACAGAGGCCCCUAAGUCGAGUACAUCCUCCCCCUCCAUGCACACCACCAGCACCAUUUUGGCCUCUGCUACAGGCAUUCCAACCACCACAACCAGCAGCAACAUGAGCACGGUCCUGAGCACUGCAGCCACUACCCAGGCCUUGUUGACCAGCCUGAGCAGCCCCACCGACAACACCACAGCAGCCCUGACGGAAGUCUCCUGGACACAGUUCAAUAUCAUUAUCUUGGCUGUCAUCAUUCUGGUGGUGGUGCUGCUGCUGGGCUUUGUCGGAGGUGUGUACACCUACAGGGAGUACCAGAACCGCAAGCUCAACGCCCCCUUCUGGACCAUCGAACUGAAAGAGGACAACAUCAGCUUCAGCAGCUACCAUGACAGCAUUCCUAAUGCUGAUGUGUCAGGCCUCCUGGAGGAUGAGGCCAACGAAGUGACACCCAACGGCCAGCUGGCACUCACCACGCAGGGCAAUUGUUACAAGGCUUAGUAAUCCACCCAUCCCCAGACUGGAUACGUAGAUUUACAGAUGACACAAAGCUGCUGGAAAGUACCAAAUCCAAAACUCAGUGAUGUAUGCUUGUUACCCUGCCAGUUUGUGGCACUUCACAACGCUCUGUAAUCUUACAGUGAGAUCAAGAAGAUGUGAUCAAAGAUACGGAAAACAGAUGCAGAGCUUCCGCUUGAAACAUUUUCCUUUUGUGAUAUGAUUUUGUGUGGACAAAAUGGGAGAACAGUAAAAUGGGUCCAAAGAAAAAAAAAAAAAGGUGUUUUGUUUGAGUUAUGACUGCAAAAGGCGCUAUUGUGCAGAUUAGUAAGGUAACUGGCAUGGAGCCAGACAGGUGCAAAGCAUACACCUGUUUGCAACAAUGACCUUGACAAUGGUUAGCGGACUGCAGGAGCUUAGCAUUUCAGACAUUUUUAAAAUUGACUUUUGACUGUUUAAGGUAUAACUGGAUCACUUGAACUGUGAUCUUAAUCUGAGACAAUGAUUGUUAUUUAAUUAAUUUUUAUUCAGUUCUUAUUUAUUGGUUGAUGUUUCAUUCUUGGGAGAAAUGCUGCACACGUAUGAUGUGGUUAAUUCAUUGUGUUUUACCUUACGUGCUGUUGAAUGGUAAUUCGAAUCGCCCAGUGUGUUUUCAUGUAUAGUUUCUAUGUUUGGAAAGAGUCAUAGGUGAAAAUGAAGGCUGCUGGCACAAGCAUUUCAAUGACCUCAUAUUUUGUUUAUAGCUUCCUGACUUUUGUGCGCCAGCUCACCUGAAGUAUCUAAGAGGAGUGUUUCUUUGAUAGAAUCUACAACUACCAAUUAUAAACUCUCCCUACUUGGCAGUACUACAAGGGAGUGACUCAUACUAGGCUAACAUGCUUGUGAUUUCACCUGCUCUUUGCUGGCUACCUCAGCAAAAGUUGAACAAACCAUUUGAAAAAUGUUCCACAGAAAAAUGUUCCACUCCACAGUUGUGUGGAGGUUGGGUUCUGUGACUCAGAUGAUAAGACAUUUUGAAAAGCAGUAUUCUAGUGUUGAUACUGUUGUUAUGGAGUGAAACCAGCCUACAUCAUGUUGCAUCAGUACUUCAAAGCUUCACACUGGAUCCUGAACACAAGUCCCAUAUUUUCUGUGUUGUUUAUCAUCGGUUGGGUGUGCUUCAUGUUGCCACGGUGACUGAGUAAAGCUAAUUAUGGAACUAACUCCUCAGGUACUGGCUCUUUCCCUAAUGUGAUCACUGUAAAUAUGAUUAUUGUACAGAUGAAUGUGAAUAGUAGCACUAUUAUUGUACAGGUAGAAUACUGUGUGUACACUGUCACUCAAGAAGCUCCCAACCUUCACUCUGCAGGGUGUGAUUUUGCAGUCAGCCCACAGCUUUUUGUAUUUUUAUUUCUUAUUCUCAUUGGACUUUGCUAUUUACACAGCUGCAAGACUAAAACGCGCCACGCAGAAUUCAAAACAAAAAAUAAAAUGAUGUAAAUAAUACCCCAAAGUCAGAACUCACCUCUCAAAUAAAAAUGGGUUUAACUCUU